AUGUCUACUAUCCCUGUCAUUGAUAUUGAACCAUUAUUUGAAUGCAAAGGUUCAUCUAAAGUUGCUGUUGCAAAAUCAAUUCGAGCAGUGUGCGAAAAAUAUGGUUUUUUCCAAAUCGUUAAUCACGGUAUUUCUCAUUCAAUUAUUGAUAAAAUGACCGAUGAAGCCCUUCGUUUUUUUCGUUUGCCACUCGAUGAAAAAUUAAAAUUUGCAGUUCGAAAAUGGAAUUCGGCGAACGCAAAUGAAUAUCGAGGCUAUUUUCCAUCAUCAAUCAAUGGUAAAGAAAGUUUCGAUGUAGGAAGUCCAUAUUUGGCAAAAAGUCAUCCAUUAGUCGUGUCCAGAGAUCCACUACAUGAACUAAACAAAUGGCCCACAGAACAAUUAGGAGAAGAGUGGAAAACAACAAUUCAGUUAUAUUGGGAUGAAAUGUGGCGUUUAUCAAUGUUGAUUAUGCGCGCACUCGCUCUAUCAUUUGACUUGGAUGAAUUCUAUUUUGAUCAUUUACUUGAUGAUCGAUCUACAGGUGGAGCUGGCACAGAAUCAACCUUUCGUCUCAAUUUUCAUCCACAACGUGACGAUUCUACGUCUGUCUCCAUUGAUGAUGAUGGUCAAAAGUUAAGUUGUGAGACACAUAUUAAUGGUUGUAUUUUGACCAUUCUCUACCAACACAAAGUAGGCGGAUUACAAGUAGAAACUGAGCCAAAUACAUGGACCAGUGUCGACGUGAUGCCCUGUGCAUUUGUAGUUAAUACAGGAAAAUGGCUUGAACGAUGGACGAACAGUGUAUUGAAAGCGGUUAAUCAUCGUGUCAUAUUAUUAAAGGAAGAACAACUGUUGGCUCCAUUCUUUUUGCAAGCCUGUCAUUCUACUCCAAUUUCCAGUCUACAAACAAUAGUCGAUAAACAAAAUUCACAAAAAGAUGAUUCAAUUAAUUCUGAAUCAUGCAUUACUGAAAGUAAUGAGGAAUUUAACGAAUAUAGACGAGAACCGCAUAUUGAACAAGACGACGAGUAA